AGUUUGAAGACGACCCUGAUCUUUAUAUAUUGAAGCCGAUAAAGUAUGUUGGCAUUGAAGUUUGGCAGGUUAAGGCUGGUUCAGUGUUUGAUAAUAUUUUGAUUUGUGAUGACCCCCAAUACGCUAGAGAAGUUGUUGAAGAUAUUUGGGGCCAGAACCAGGAGAUUGAAAAGGAUGCAUUCGAGGAAGCAGAGAAGAUCAGAUUAGCUCAUGAAGAGAACUCUAAAGGAAAAGACAGUGCUGAAAAGAAGAGAAGGAGGCCGCCAAAACGGUAUGAUCCUGAUCAUUACAUGGAUGAUUAUCAUGAUGAACUGUGAGAGACCAUUUUUGGAGUCUCAUUGGAGAUGUUGUGUUGUGACAGAUCACUGAUUAUGAAUGUUUCCCAAGGUUGUAUAAUAAUUUACCUGUUUUAUUAUAAAAUUUGGUGUUGUAUUAUUUCAAAGCACAAUGAGAAAACUUGUCAUCCCACUAGCUUUUGUUUUUCAAUUGGUCAAAUAAUUGAGCUCAUUUCUAAAAAGUAAUUAGAGUUGUAUCUUAAUGGUCAAUUUUGUACUUGCA